AUGGCACUAUCUAUAGUUGGUGAAACCUUUGCCAACAAGUGGUUCCCUGGCCGCAAGCUCCCCGAGACAUUUGUCGACCUUACCGGACGUACAGUCGUUGUCACUGGAUCCAACGCAGGGCUUGGGUUCGAAUCUGUCAAGGCCUUCUACCGAAUGGGUCCAGCCAGACUCAUCCUUGCAGUUCGAAGCCUCGAUAAAGGAGAGGAAGCGAAAAAGAAGAUCGAAGCUAAUACCAAUACCACGGGCGGAAGUAGGCCACAGGUUGAUGUCUGGCACCUUGAUAUGGCAGACUUUGCCAAUGUCAAGAGGUUUGCGCAGAGGUGCUACGACGAAUUGGACAGAAUCGACAUCUUCCUCGCCAGUGCCGGAGUACAGAAUAGAGAGUGGAUUGUCACAAAGGAUGGCUGGGAGGUCGCAUUGCAGACGAACGUUAUUUCGACAUACCUUUUGACACUCCUCGUCACCGACAAACUCGCUCAAACUGCCAAACUGCCAGCUCCUAAACCUGGAGUCGUAUUGAAGCCCCAUCUAGUCGUCGUAGCAAGUGACGGUGAGGAAGCUCAUGCGUAA